ACCAAUUCCAAAUCCCUCGUCGUUCUUCCUCGCAUUCGUUUCUCUAUUGCUGACCUUCAAUCCAAUUUUGUUUUAUUUUUUAUAUUUUUUUUGCACGAAAUGGCGACAAUGCAGAGCUUGAUCGGUUUGGUGAAUAGAAUCCAGAGGGCGUGCACUGUGUUAGGCGACCAUGGCGGCCAAGGAUCCCUCUGGGAAGCUCUUCCCAGCGUCGCCGUCGUCGGUGGUCAGAGUUCCGGCAAAUCAUCUGUGCUGGAGAGCGUAGUUGGGAGAGAUUUUCUGCCUCGUGGAUCCGGGAUUGUGACACGACGGCCAUUGGUGUUGCAACUCCAUAAAAUAGAUGGAGGCACAGAGUACGCAGAAUUUCUGCAUGCACCGAAGAAGAGAUUCACAGACUUUGCUUCUGUACAACAAGAAAUAGCCGAUGAGACAGAUCGCAUAACAGGGAAGACUAAACAAAUAUCUAAUGUUCCGAUCCACUUAAGCAUUUAUUCUCCAAAUGUUGUAGACUUAACACUCAUUGAUCUUCCUGGGUUGACGAAAGUAGCUGUAGAGGGACAACCAGAGAGCAUUGUGCAUGAUAUUGAAAUGAUGGUCCGGUCUUAUGUUGAAAAGCCAAAUUGCAUUAUUUUGGCUAUCUCUCCUGCCAAUCAAGAUAUAGCAACUUCGGAUGCAAUAAAAUUGGCCAGAGAAGUUGAUCCCACAGGUGAACGAACUUUUGGAGUGUUGACGAAACUAGAUCUGAUGGAUAAAGGAACCAAUGCACUUGAUGUACUCGAAGGUAGAUCAUACAGGCUUGUAUAUCCAUGGGUAGGAAUAGUGAACCGUUCACAAGCUGACAUCAACAAGAAUGUCGACAUGCUUGCUGCUCGCCAGAAGGAGCGGGAAUACUUUGAAACAAGCCCCGAGUAUGGGCAUCUAGCUCAUAAAAUGGGUGCAGAGUAUCUUGCCAAACUUUUGUCUGAGCAUUUGGAGAGGGUUAUUAGGCAGCGCAUUCCCAGCAUUAUUGCCUUCAUAAACAAGGCAAUUGAUGAAUUAAAUGCAGAGUUGGACCGUAUUGGCCGGCCUAUUGGUGAAGAUGGAGGGGCACAACUGUUAACGAUCUUGGAAAUGUGUCGUGCAUUUGAUCGUAUCUUUAAGGAACAUCUGGAUGGAGGGAGGCCAGGUGGAGAUAGAAUUUACGGUGUCUUUGAUCAUCAACUACCAGCUGCCCUCAGGAAGCUUCCUUUUGAUCGUCAUCUCUCUCAGAGUAAUGUUAAAAAGGUUAUCUCAGAAGCAGAUGGGUAUCAGCCUCACUUGAUUGCUCCUGAACAAGGAUACAGAAGACUAAUAGAUGGAUCACUCGGCUAUUUCAAGGGCCCUGCCGAUGCUUCAGUUGAUGCGGUACACUUCAUUCUCAAAGAACUUGUGAGAAAAUCCAUUUCAGAAACUGAGGAAUUGAAACGCUUCCCUGCACUCCAGUCUGAGAUUGCUACAGCAGCAAAUGAUGCAUUGGAGAGAUUUCGCGAUGAAAGCCGCAGAACAGUCUCCCGCCUGGUGGAAAUGGAAUCCUCUUACCUAACUGUAGAGUUCUUCAGGAAACUCAAUGCAGAGCCAGAGAAAACUCCAAAAGAAUCCAGCAAGGAAAGUGCAGACCGCCCAAAUGCAGAUCGCUACACGGAUCUCCACCUAAGGAGAAUCGGAUCAAAUGUAUCUGCAUACGUUCAUAUGGUCUCCGACACAAUGAAGAACACUAUCCCAAAGGCUGUAGUUCACUGCCAAGUUCGAGAGGCCAAGCGAGCACUCUUGAAUCAUUUCUAUGCUGAAUUGGGAAGGAGGGAGAGGGAACAACUUGGCAAAAUGCUGGAUGAAGAUCCAGGACUAAUGGCGAAGAGGGAUGCGCUCGCCAAGAGGCUCCAACUAUACAAGUCAGCGCGCGACGAGAUUGACUCAGUCGGAUUGAAGUAUUGAACAGCACAUUCUUGACAAACUCCUUAUUCAUGGUACACAUCUCUCGUAAUUAAUUCCUUGAGUGAGCUCUCAGCAGCCUGUAGCAGCUCUAUAUACAUAUAUACAUUCUUUCAUUCGCUUAAAAAUUUGAUUUCCUUUAACCGUAGCAUAGGUAGGUUGACCAUAUUCACUACAUAUUCAUGGGGUGGGUUUGAAUCUUAUCAGAACACACAAAAUACGUUUAUAUAGCACAUUCUAUAUACAGAAUUGUGAAUACAUAAUUUCAACUAAUAUUGCAUAAGCUGUAUUAAUUGAAAUAAUAUAUUUUCUGCUUGUAUUUAUUUUGUGUUAGACCGGGCAAUUCAACAUGCUAUAUAACCUAUCCCAAUAUAAUACCAUAUGUAGAUAAGAUUCUGUCAAAGCUUAUCAUUCUUGUUGCUGGCUCUCAAGAAACAGCCAUGCACAUAAAAAGAAUGCAUCUGGUAUUAAUUACACAGCAAGCAAUAAUUCCAAAUCCCCAAGUUAGCAUUACAAAUCCAUACAUAACAACAUACACAACAAAAUGUAAUAAAUGCGACACGAAAGAAAAGGCUAAUAACAUGCCUACAAAACUAAGGGUCACAACCCGCCACA